UUCAUGAAGUGGUGAAAAGGACAUCAUCAUCUUUAUUGAUGAUUACUCACAGUAUGUAUAUACUUAUCUACUGCAUGAAAGGUCUAAUUUUGUGGAUGUCCUAAAGGUGUUCACUGAUAAGAUGGAAAGGCGGCUAGAUAGAAAAGUAAAAGUAGUGAGAUCUGAUAGAGGAGGUGAGCUCUAUGGAAAGUUACUUCAAAGUAGAGGCAUUUGUGCACAAUACAGUAUGUCCAAUACUCUUUAGCAUAAUGGUGUAGUAGAGAGGCAUAAUCGUACUAUAAUAGAGAUGGUUAGAAGCAUGUUAAAUAAUUGCUCUUUACUUCUUUAGUUAUGGGUAUAUAUAUGCAUUAAGAACUGCAACAUAUGUGCUGAACCAGGUUCCUAGUUAGGAAGUUCCUAAGAUCCCUUACGAACUAUGAAUGGAAAGAAACCUAGUUUGAACCAUCUACGUGUAUGGGGUUGCUCAUCAGAAAUAAGGCUAUAUAAUCCACAUCAAAAGAAACUUGAUCCUAGGGCUGUCAAUGGAUUAUUUUUUAUUGGCUAUCCUAAAAGAAUCAAAGGGGUAUAAAUUUUUAUUGUUUUAACCAUAAUACGAGAAUAGUUAAAUCGGGUAAUCUUAGGUUCAUUGAGAAUGGUGAAACUAGUGGGAGUUGUGAACUGGGAAAGGGUGGACAUUAAUGAAAUUCGGGUGGAAAGUUCUUUCACCUGAAGUUGCACCUGAGGUAGUUGUUUCUUCACAAUCGAACAACAUGCAGAUGCACUGAUCUCACUAGCUAAAAUAUAUAAUCAAUGAACUUGUCACAAUUCAAUUAGAGGAUAGUGAACCACAAGUACCUUUAAAGCGAUCUGAAAGGGAAAGAAGAUCUGCCAUAUCAAAUGAUUAUGUGGUUGCUAUAGAAAGUGAAUGUGGCUUAAACAUUGAUGAAGACCCGAUCUCAUUCAAAAAGCCAUGGAAAGUGACAAUUCUGGAAAAGGUUGGUGCCGCAACGAGAUAAGAUCUAAGGGUGAUAGCAAAGUUUGGUACUUAGUAGAGUUUCCGAAUGGUUUCAAAACCGUUGAUUGUAAAUGGGUCUUUAAGACUAAACAUAACUCGAAAGGUAAUAUUGAAAGAUAUAAGGCUCGCCUUGUUACUAAAGGUUUCACCCAGAAAAGAUGGCAUUAACUAUAAAGAGACCUUCUCUACAGUUUAAAAGAAGGAUUCUCUUAGAAUUGUUUUGGCUUAAGUGGCUCAUUAUGAUCUUGAGUUUCACUAGAUAGAUGUUUGACCGCCUUUCUGAAUGUAGAGCUUGAGGAAGUAGUAUAUAUGACCAACAUAAAAUCUUCAUGGCCGCAUGAAAAUAAAAUAUGGUGUGUAAGCUGAGAAAGUCAAUAUAUGGACUAAAACAAGCUUCCGACAAUGGUAUUUGAAGUUUAAUGAUAUCAUCAUGUCGUAUGGUUUUGUAGAGCUUAUCAUAGAUCAAUGUAUCUACAUUAAGAUCAAUGGGAGCUUAUUAUUGAUUUUAGUCUUAUAUGUUGAUGUAAUUAUGCUUGCUGAAAAUAACAAAGGCAUGUUACAUGAUGUAAAGUAGUAUCUCUCUAAGAACUUUGAAAUGAAAGAUCACAAGGAUUGUUGAGUUUGUCUCAGAAAGAUCAUAUCAGUAAGAUCUUAGAGAUUUUUAUAAAAUAGAACAAUGUUGCGUAGGGAUAGCUCCAAUUCAGAAGGGAGAUAAGUUUUGUAAAAUGUAAUGUCUUAAAAAUGAAUUGGAGCGUAAAGAAAUAUAAAUAAUUCCUGAUACAUUAGUGGUUGGGAUUUUGAAUAUAUUGGAAACAUAGUCAACUUGAUAUCAAUUUUGAUAUUGGAAAGUUGGACCAAUAAAGUAAUCCCAGAAUGAACCACUGGAACGCUGCAAAGAAAGGUCCUCUGGUACUUGCAAGGCACCAACGAGAACAUGCUCACAUAAAAGAGAUCCAAUCAAUUAAAGGUCAUAGGAUUUUCAGAUUCAAAUAAAGCCGCAUGAGUUGAUGAAAUCAACGUUUAGGUAUAGUUUCUAUUAUUUGUGGGAACAAUUUAAAGGAAAGUGGAAAGUAGUCUGUCAUUGCUACUUUCACUAUUAAGGUUGAUUUGUGGUAUGUUUUGAAGCCACAAUUCAUGUAUGGAGCCUGCGGAAAUUUAUCUCAGGGCUUUGGAUUGUCGACACUAACGCCAAACCGCUGAGAGAUUAUGGUGAUAAAUUCGCAGCUGUCUUCUUUUGAAAGGAUGACAAGUAUUGGAAGGGUGCUAAGCACAUUAAGUUAGAGUACUUGUCUAUUAAAGAAGAAGUUUAGAAACAGAGAGUGUCAUUUGAGCACAUAAGAAAGGAUAUAAAGAUAGCGGAUCCGCAAACUAAAGCUUUACCACCCAAGGCGUUCAAUGGCCAUUUAGAGCGUAUGGGUAUCAUAGAUAAAGCCUUGCUAUUAUAUUUAUGGAAUGCUCAUUAAGUAUUUGACACCUAGGAAUUCAAUUAAAGUUAAGUUUCUAAUUUAUUAAAUAUGUUAUCAUUAAAGUACGUGUAUAUAUUUAAGGUUCAUAGAUAACAUAUAGAAAAGUUUUUUGAGAAUAAAGGUUCUUCUCAUGUAAGGAUUAUAUAAAAAUAGAAUUGGUUUGUGAUACAUGGAAGGGACUAUGCCGGUUAAAUGACAUACAACCGCCAUGAUUCAAUCAGUUCUAAUUUUAGUAAAGACCAGAUGAACUUGAUGUAAAAUUGCACAUUAAAGUUAUUGAACUCUUAAGGCAAGACAAAGGUCAAGUGGGAGAAUGUAAGAAUAUUUUAUAUUCUUAUAUGACCUAUGUGUAUAUUGGUUUAAUAUAAAGUUCAAGUUCGUAUUAAUGUUUUAUAUUCUAAUAUAAAAGACGAUACCAUGAUGGAUCGGUUUCGAUAAAAGUAUUAGAAUAUGGAUGUAUUGAUAACCCUCCUUCCUUGCCUUGUUAGUUAUAAAUGAUUCUUCUAUAAUGGUUAUAUACAAUCAUUUAUGUAUAUGUGUUAUAGUUGUGCUUGGAUGUAUAUUAAUCACAUAUAAAGUAUAGUUUGUACUUGAAAGAGUACAAAAUGAAAAGAUGUGAUAAUUAAAAGGCACAAUACACACACAUAUAUAUACUCGCUUGUGGUGGUUAUCAAAAUGUGACAAGUGACUUUUUCUUAUAUGAGAGAAGAGUUACGAUUGUGUCGCUAUAACAGUUACGUAAGAAACGUAUAAGCCACCGUAAGGGAACAAAACGUGAUAAGAAGAGGUUUUGGAUUCCUUUGUCCAUCAAAGGGAAUCAUAAAGGAUUAGAGGCCAAAGGGAGGAGAAAAUCAAUUGGUGCAUUGCUUUCAAUUUAUCUUCAUUAAGCAUGGAUUAAAGGUUAGUGUUUCUUUCUUCUUCUCUAAGAAGCAUACCAGGGUUGAAUUAAAACUAAAUCUAGAUUAUGGUCUCGGAAUAGAUUUCAUAAUUGAAAUCAUAAAAGUUAAUCUUACACGUUUUUGAUCUAAUCGCUUGGAGGAAAGCGAAUGUGACUGCUCGGUACCAUUGCAGGCAAGAGCAGAACAUAGAACGGACGCUUUGGAAACUAGGGACUCUCCCUCCGGGUCUAUUAGCUUUCUAUGGUCUCACUGAGCCGCUAGAUAGAAGAUGGCAUGUCUUAGGUUUAGGUUAUGAUGUGAACAUUGAUAACCGUUUGAUUGAAACCGCGGCUGUGAUUCACUAUAUGGGAACAUGAAGCCUUGGCUAAAGCUGGGUAUUGGUAGGUAUAAACCUUUCUGGUUAAGAUAUUUGAACUCGAGCCAUGCUUAUUUACAAGAUUGUGUCACAGCUUAGAGGCAAAAGAUUCUUGAUUUUCUUGUACACUUUGAAGAUUCUUUUUGUAGAUCUCAGAAAGCUUGUCAGAUUCAGAUAGUAUCUGAUGACUGUUUUCUUCUCUUACAAUCACACAUUAGAGGGUCCAUAAUGUACUUAUGUUUGAAUAGAUUAUACAUUGAUACAUUUUUGGCGAAAUUUCUUAUAUUUUUAUAUUUUCAAGCUUUAGACUUGCAGUGUUACAGCAUAUCUAUUUAUAAUGAAUAUUUUUGUUUUUCUAAAUAAUCAUUGUCACACAUUGUCAUGGGAAACCAUUUGAGAAAUCUACUGUUCUGUUUCGUAAGUGGUCUCUAUAACAUCUAUGAGGAGUCACACUUUGCUUGUUGACGAUUCACCCGACAAGGCCUUCUGUAAUCCUGUAAGUACUGAACACUUGCAAUCAAGCAUCUGUAUUUAACAUCUGAGAUCUGACAUUCUUUAAACAUCAACAUUGGGUGAUAUUGUUCUUACUCUCUAUUAGCCACUCUGGAAUCUUUUCUUUUUUAUACCAGUAUACAGACAGUGAAGAUUUUUCAUUGGGUGAGUCUUUUCUCUUCUUAUACACUUUGCACAUUUAAGUUUUUGCAACAUCAAGAAGAGAGAGUUAAUGGAGAAUCAUAAUGUUCCUUUUACAUUAUCUCUUUCAAUAUCUGAUGUGGAUUCUAAACAUUAAUUCACAGUGAUGUUUCAUAUCUUGAGAACAGGAACUGAUGGCGAGCUAAGGAAGUACAUGGAAAGGAUAGUGAAUGUGGAAAACGUUUAGAAAUUUGUAGAAGAAAAUCCAAUUGGUCAGUCUGCAAUAACCGAGACACGAACAUAAAUAAGUGUUCAGUGUUCAUGCACACAUAGGUUAAUUUAGUUCUGGAGAAAACUUUACUAGUCAAAUGUUAUCUUGAGAAAUGUACUUCACCUCACCAAAUUAACUAACUCUGAAUAUUCCUAUUGAUCUCUUUUGUUUGAACAAAGACCAGACUCUCUUAAAUUAAGUGUAGCUUUAUAUUGGUUUGUUAAGGCGCUAACUUGCAACCUUGGAAAUGAAGCAAUGGUACAAUGGUUAUGCGUUUUGGGAAGAUAACGUAGAAGAAAAGUCAAACUCUUCCUAGUUGAAGACCCUAACUAACUACUAAAGCAUGCUUUUCCGUUUACAACUAGUUUCAUUGUUUAUUAGCAUGUGAAUCUGUUAUAUAACUUUAAAUUUUAAAUUAAAUGUCUACCUAAACCGAUUUGGUUAUUAAAAUUUUUAACAAUUUUCUUCUAAUAAUCCACGGAGAGAAAAUAAAAUGGUGAGGAACAAAGAAGAUAAUAUUGUGGAUAUUUUUAAGUUGGUAACGAGAAGACAGGAGUCACAUGCAGAGGGAGACAUAUGAAAAACAGAGUUUUAACAAACCACAUCCACCUGCCACCACCCCCAUAUCCUCUCUCUAAUCUUCUCACGUCAUUUCUAUUUCUCUUACUCAUCAGAAAACACACAAGACAAUGUUUUUGUUUUGUACUCUGAGCAGAAACAGAGAGUAGAAAACAGAGGAACAUUUGGCAGAGUAUUUCUCUUGUUCCCUCUGCUUGGCUUUAUCUGUUUCUCAGUAUCUGAAAGUGUUUCUGUCUUUUUUUUCUUCUUGGGUUUGUGAGAUUUAUCAGUGACAUUUCCCUGAAUUAUUUUCUUCUGAAGGAUUCCUACACAAAGGACUCUCUUUUGUUCUGUAAUAAACAGAGCUUUUUUUUUGUUGGUGUCGUCGACGAGAUAACUCACGAAAAGGGGAGGGAAUAUAUAAGCAGCUGUAAUUAGCUGGAGGGCAAUGGUGUUCUCACAUUGAGCUUUGCCUAAGGCCAAUUUUAUUGGAAUCUAAAUUUGAUAAAAAGCUUAACUCUUUUGGAACUAUAUGAAAUUAUGUAAGGUGGGUCAUUCUCGUUAUGGUUCCAUGGUGGUUGCUUGUUGAUGGAGAUAUAACGAAACCUUGAAGUUAUUCCAAGACAAAGAAGUGUUAUACUGUAUAGUUCCAGAGCCAAGAAGAUAAAAAGAGUUGCUAUUCAUGGCUGCGAGGCUUUUGCAUACAUUGGCAGAUGAAAACUCUGAUCUACAGAAGAAAAUUGGAUGUAUGAAUGGGAUUUUUCAACUCUUUGAUCGUCACCAUGUUCUCACAAACCGGCGAAAAAGUCUUACUUUAGGUAAUGCACAUGUCAAUAAUAUCAACUUUGAGAGAGACUCUGCAUUACAGGUUCAAGACACCAACAUUAUCAACAGCGGAAAUGCUCAACUAACAAGGGUAUCAACAGAAUCUUCUAGAGUUUCCUUCUCAUCAUCAUGUUCAUCAUCUUCCCCAUUGUCUUCUGACCUCAACAAAGAAACUCAACCUGAGAUUUCACCGUACGACCGAGUCAUUUUCCAAGAAUCUCCAGCGAUGAGCCAAGGAAGCGGGUUGGGACUUGACCUUAGAGAUGUUGUUAGAGACUCCAUGUACAGAGAAGCAAGAGGAAUUUCUGAAGUAUCCAGACACAACAAGAGAAGAGAUGAUUCUCCAAGACCACCCUAUGGUCUGAAACAAUCCACUCCUGUUGAUUUCAAUGAAUCCUGCAAAGCUCUAGCCAAACUCAACACUUCUCAGUAUUAUUACAACGAGGUUGACUUGAAAGAUGCUUCUCGUUACUAUGUUGAUUCUCACAAGAAGAAGUCUAAAUCCAAGAAGAAGGUGAAAGAGUCUCCUAAGCUUUCUUUGGACAGUAGAGACCACCUUGAUCUCAAGUCAGGCAAUAACAAUAAGCUUGUGGAGAGUUUCAGUAGAAGCUCUAGCGUGAACAAACGGCCUCCUAGUGUUGUUGCAAAGCUAAUGGGGUUGGAGACAUUACCUGGUUCUCCACUGAGAAGAGACCAUAAGAGUGAUCCGUUCUCAAGGUCAUUGAGGGAGAAUAGCAUGAACCGGACUAUCCGGUUAUCUCCUAGCUCACCAAGGAAGGACCUGGCUUCUUCUUCUACUACUUCAUCACCAAGAUGGAGAAGCUCUGAGUUUGUAAUGAAACCUUUAUCAAGUUUGAGGUUUCCCAUUGAACCAGCUCCAUGGAAGAAGCAAGCCUGCAGGCCUGUGAAAGCUCUGUUGAAAGAUCUCGAGUUUAAGCAUUCGGUUAAGGAUCUCAGAGCUAUUAAUAAGAUAGUAGAGGCAAUGCAGACAAAAAGUGUCAAGCAGCAAGAAUGCUCAACAAACUCAAGAGGCUUGCAAAGCCAGGUGAUGCCAUCAUCCACUAUGAGAGGAGGACCAAUUGUGAUAAUGAAACCUGCUAGACUUGUUGAGAGAUCUUGUGUUCCUUCAUCAUCUCUGAUUCCCAUUCACAGUCUUAAUAGAGAAGAAGAGUCUGUGAAUGUUAAAAGAAACUCAACUAGUAAGAAGGCUGCAAAAGAUAACAGAAACGUCACUACAAGGAGUGCAGGAGCUGCUAGUCCAAGACUGAGUCAUAUGAAGAAGCAUGAGAAUGAGAAGCGUUCUCGCCCACCACCUAUACCAUCUGAUUCAAGCAAAUCAAGAAGACAAACAAACAAAGAACCUGCUACUUCUCCUGGUGGUAGGCGUAGUAGACAAGGUGGUAGAAAGAGUCAAACUGUAAUAGAGACAGCAAAAACAGUAGUCUCUAACUUAAUGAAGAACGCUAGUGGAGAUGGAUCAUCGGAGCAUCCAAGUCCAGUUUCUGUUCUCAACGCAUCAAUCUACAGAGACAUCAAACCAUCUCAAGCUAGUGAAGGCACCAAGAGUACUGAUCAUGUAACAGGUGGUGAAGAAGACGAGUGGAAUCCAGCUUACAGCUUCUCAAAGACAACAACCACCUUGUCCCCAGAGGUAAACCGGAAGAAGCUUCAGAACGUGGAGCAUUUGGUUCAGAAGCUGAAAAGAUUAAACUCUAGCCACGACGAAGCAAGCCAAGACUACAUUGCAUCGCUAUGCGAGAACAGUGGUGCUGACACUGAUCACAGAUACAUUUCAGAGAUUCUGUUAGCCUCUGGUCUUCUCCUGAGAGACUUAGCCUCAGAGUCAACCACGUUUCAACUCCACUCUUCAGGCCAUCCUAUUAACCCUGAGCUGUUUCUCGUUCUUGAGCAAACUAAAGGAAGCAGUGGUGGCAGCAAUGAGAAGAAGCUCAACCGCAAGCUUGUGUUCGACGCUGUUAAUGAGAUGCUUGUGAAGAAGUUAGCUAUUGUUGAUGCAGAGCCAUGGAUGAAGCGAGGUAAAGGGAUGAAGAGGAGGGUGUUGAGUGCGCAACAGCUCUUGAAAGAGCUGUGUUCAGAGAUAGAAACAGUGCAAAAGGAAGCCAAGAGGAGAUCAGAUAACUUGUUCUUGUUGGGGGAACAAGAAGAGGACUUCUUGAAAUGUAUGUUGGAUGAAGAUAUGGAGAUGCGGUCUGGGAAAUGGACGGAGUUUGAUGAUGUAGUCCCGGGUAUAGUGCUUCACUUGGAGAGGCUUCUCUUCAAGGACCUGGUGAGUGAGGUCGUGCAUGGUGAGAUUGAUCGGCUGCAACCUACUCCAAGCAGACGAGUAGUUAUUACUGAUUCAUAAGCUUGUCUUUUUUGUAUCCUCUGUACUUUAAAGCCAGUAAAUAAAUAAUAUAUAAGUCAAAAGUCAUGUAAACAUUCUACUUAUUUUUGUUCUAUGUUCUUUCUCUUCAAUGUUUGGUGAAAAAUAAAUAAAAGUGCUCGUAUAUCAGCUAGA